UAUCUGGGUGGGUUCUUUGGCAGUCGCUGCCCAUCCCCAGCAAUCUUGCAUGAGUGUGUUUUGGAAGAUAACCGCUCCACUGCCUAGAUCAUAAGACUCGGCUACAUAGCCUGGGCUUAAACAAGCAAACAGAACAGCCCCAAGGACCUGGAUCCCAGAGGAGCUUUGACACAGAUGUUUUCCAAUCCCCUCGUGAUUCCAAAGGCGUUAAAAAGGUCAGUGCCUCAGUGACUGGCUGGCAAAAUUGCCCCCAGACUGUCAAUUUCUGAGUUGCACCCAGCUCUGGGGAAUACGGACACAGCCAAGCAUCAGGUGAACUAGGUCAUUCUUGCCAGGUGCCACAAGAUUCAGCUCCUGGAUCCUACGUCUAACGCUCCGGCUGCUUCUGGCUCACGGGUGGCUGGCGCGAUGGAGCUGGGGGGAGCAGCCACUCUUGUCCUGGCGGCUGGCGUUCUGUGCCUGGCUCUCCUCUGGGAGUGGAAACGGCAGCAGGAAAGCAGCAAAUUUCCCCCCGGACCGACUCCUCUGCUACUUCUGGGCAACGUGCUGCAGCUGAGCAGGGGGGACCUGUUCACCUCGCUGAUGGCGCUGCGGGAGAAGUACGGCCCGGUGUUCUCGGUGCUCCUGGGCCCGCGGCGGGUGGUGGUGCUGUGCGGGCACGAGGCGGUGAAGGAAGCCCUGGUGGAUCACGCCGAGGAGUUCAGCGGCAGAGGAGGCAUGCCCACAUUGGACAGGAUCUUCCAUGGUUAUGGGGUCAUCUUAGCGAACGGCGAGCGGUGGAAGCAGCUCCGCCAGUUCUCUGUCGCCACCCUGCGGAGUCUGGGGAUGGGGAAAAGGAGCCUUCAAGAGAGGAUCGCGGAGGAAGCUCGGUGUCUGGUGGAGGAGAUCAGGAAAACCAACGGUUCUCCCUUCGACCCCAGCCGCCCCGUCAGCCACGCCGUCGGCAAUGUGAUCUCCUCCAUCGUCUUCGGGGACCGCUUUGACCACCAGGACCAGACCUUCCUGAGCUUACUCGACGUCAUCCAGAACCUCUUCCUGGAGCUGACCAGCCCCUGGACACAGUUCUACGAGAUGUUUCCAGGCAUCAUGCGCUUCUUACCCGGCCCCCACAACCGGAUUCUUCAGCACGUCAAGGUGCUGCACAACUUCGUCACCGAGCGGGUGCAGAGGAACCAGAAGACCUUGGAUCCUGGCUCUCCCCGGGAUUACAUUGACACCUUCCUCAUCAAGAUGGAAGAGGAAAAGCAAAAUCCGCAGAGUGAAUUCCACACAAAGAACCUGACGCUGAGCGUAGUCCACUUGUUUUUCGGUGGGACAGAGAUGGUGAGCGCCACCUUGCGAUAUGGGUUCCUGCUCCUGAUGAAGUACCCAGAGGUACAAGAAAAGGUGCAUCAGGAAAUCGAUGGUGUUGUCGGCCGGAACCGCAGCCCCGCCGCUGAGGACCGAAGCCGGAUGCCCUACACCCACGCCGUGAUACAUGAGAUCCAGCGAUUCAGCAACAUCAUCCCGCUGGGGAUUCCACAUGCAGUGCUCCGAGACACCCAGUUCCGGGGCUACAUACUCCCCAAGGGGACAGAUGUUUUCUGCGUGCUGGGCUCCGCCCUCCGGGACCCCAGACACUUCAGGGACCCAGAACGCUUCAACCCUGGGAAUUUCUUGGAUGAGAAUGGCGGCUUUAAGAAGAACCAUGCUUUUGUGGCUUUUUCCUCAGGGAAGCGGGUGUGUCUGGGCGAGGGUCUGGCCCGCAUGGAGCUCUUCCUGGUCUUUACCUCCGUCCUGCAGCACUUCACCUUGCAGUCGCCCAUCGACCCCCAGGACAUUGACCUGACCCCAAAAUCGAGUGGAUUUUGGAACAUACCUCCCAAGUACAGGAUCUGUGCCCUCCCACGCUGAGUCGUCAUCAGCGGACAUGCCAGGAGAGCAGUUAUUGAUCGUGAAACAAACAGGGUAAGCGUGUGAUGGCCCCAAGGCUGGACCUGCGUAAAUGCGGAAGCUUUUCCAUGGUACAAUCUCAUUUGCAGGUCUUGACGCUGAACAUUCCUGGCCAAUUUACCUCAGGCGUUCACUCACGUUUUUUCUUUUUAAUGCCAAGAUAUCCCUGAAGCCGUGUACAGUUCUGGUAUGG